AUGAUCGAUUCGACCGUUGGUUGCGCGUCUCCGGGUCAUCUUCGUCGAUUCCAAUGAUGAGAUGAAAGCCAAAACGUUCAUACUGCUACACCCACAGGCUGCUCUACUAACCAUGAAGAAAAGGAACAAAUCAUACACACCCACUCAGCCCAACACGGUACCUUCUACCCCACCAAGCCCACAGAUUCUCCGCGCCACUGCCGCAAAAAUCUCCUCCUCCUCUUCUUCAUACUCUUCCAAGAAGUCCUUGAGCCUUACCCUCACCACUCAACAAGACACCAAUUGGGUGCCCUUAAACCUCGGCAGAGCCGAGCUCUACCUUCCCUUGACCUUCCCCACAGGCCAGACUUUCAGGUGGAAGCAGACGGGCCCACUCCAGUUCACCGGGGUCGUUGGCGGGUCCCACUUGGUCUCCCUGAAGCAAUUGGAGAAUGGGGAUGUCGGUUACCAUCUCCACCGCACAGCCAGCGUGGAUGAUUUUGCCGCUGCUAGGGCCGCCUUGCGUGAUUUUCUCAAUGUGGGGGUUUCUCUUGGUGAGAUUUGGGAGACAUUUAAGACCUCCGAUCCUAGGUUUGCUGAGUUGGCCGAUCAUUUGGGAGGGGCCAGAGUGCUCAGGCAGGACCCUCUUGAGUGCCUAAUCCAGUUCAUUUGCUCCUCUAAUAACAAUAUUAAGAGGAUUACAUUGAUGGUUGAUUUCAUUUCUUCAUUGGGGAAUUAUUUGGGGACUGUUGAAGGGUUUAAAUUUUACGAAUUCCCAACCUUGGACCGGCUAUCGAGGGUUUCUGACGCUGAGCUCAGGGAGGCUGGUUUUGGUUACAGGGCAAAAUAUAUAAUAGGUACAGUGAAGGCAUUACAGUCAAAACCAGGGGGAGGUUAUGAAUGGCUUGCUUCACUUCGUGAGAGAGAUCUUCAUGAGGCUGUUGAUAGUCUUUGUACUCUGCCUGGUGUUGGUCCCAAGGUUGCAGCCUGUGUUGCUCUCUUCUCUUUGGAUCAACACCAUGCCAUUCCUGUUGAUACUCAUGUCUGGCAGAUUGCAACUAGGUACCUCAUCCCUGAGCUGGCAGGAACCAGUUUGACACCUAAACUUUGCACUCGCGUGGCAGAUGCCUUUGUGAACAAAUAUGGAAAAUAUGCUGGCUGGGCCCAAACUCUUCUUUUCAUUGCGGAACUUCCAACACAAAAAGCAGUCUUGCCAUCAUCACUUCAAAACACCAAAGGAGAAAAACAUUUUGAAAAGAAAAGAAAAAUGGGUGGAAACCAAAAAAUACUAAAUGAAUGAUAAGAUUUGCACUGUUCUUUUCCAUAUUAUUCAGCAUUGAUCCAUUGUAACCGAGCAAGGUGUCUAUUGCUCGAACUUAUGAUUCAUAUCAUAAGUAGAAAUGGGUUCCAGGAGAUUGGAACAGAGAAUCUUGGGAUUUGGGAAACUGUCAAGUGUCAAUGGAGAAUGGUCAUUUUGUGCUAAAGGAGUUUCUAGUAAUGCUUUUGGUCUUUCAGUUC